CUCUACAGACCAACGAAUAUUUUUGCUGUCUAAUACACCUGCAAUUGUUCCACCAUGGUAUCAGCAGGGCUGCAGAUGGUGGGUAUAGCCCUGGCAGUGAUUGGCUGGAUUGGGGUUAUAGUGGUUUGCAUUCUCCCCAUGUGGCAAGUCACUGCUUUUAUCGGACAGAACAUCGUCACGGCGCAGGUUACCUGGGAAGGAAUUUGGAUGAGUUGCGUGGUGCAGAGCACCGGACAGAUGCAGUGUAAAGUCUAUGACUCCAUGUUGGCUCUGAGCUCAGAUCUUCAAGCCGCUCGAGCUUUGUGUAUCAUCUCCAUCCUAGUCGGUGUUGUUGGAAUCCUCCUCGCGGCGGCGGGAGGAAAAUGCACCACCUGCAUUGAAGAAGAACGUGCCAAGGCUAAAGUCUGCGUUAUUUCUGGAGCCAUCUUCAUCGUGGCUGGAGUUCUGUGCUUGAUUCCUGUUUGCUGGACUGCUAAUAAUAUUAUACGCGACUUCUACAACCCUAUGACCAACAGCGCGCAAAAGAGGGAACUCGGAGCGUCGUUGUUUAUUGGCUGGGGGGCUUCGGCGCUGUUGAUUAUUGGCGGGUCGUUGCUUUGUGCUAAUUGCCCUCCACAAGACCAGUACAAGGCAACGUACACCGCUCGAUCUGGAGGAACCAAGGGGUAUGUCUGAGGAACCAAAAGUACUACAUUCAAGGAGGAUAUUGGGUUUUUUAUGUGUAUUGGAUGCUGGACAGCUUUUGAGGUGGUGUUGUUGUUGACUAUGAUCGUGACCGUUAUUUUAUUUAAAAUAACGGUCGACAUAUUCAAAAACUGACGGUUGUUGUUUGUUCAUGCUACUUAAAAUGAGCUAAAACAAGUGGAGCCAACUUAAUUGUUUGAUGUUCAAUCCACUUAAAUGUGUAAAAACUAUUAAGUGAUCUUAAUUCAUUCAUUCAACUUGUUAAAAUCAAAUCUAAUCGUUUUUUUUUUACAGUGUAUGAGGCAUUGUGAAAUACAAUGAACAUGUCAGGGUGCCUGCUUUGAAUGGAAUAAGUGUUCAAUAAGUGUUUUAAAUUGUAAAUAUAGUUUGUUUUACUUGGUAUUUACUGUUCUUCAAGUGGUCUUGUGAGUUUCUUUUUUCUCCUCAUCUCAAUAUUUUGUGGAAUGUUUUAAAACGCAACUAGGCAUGGGACGAUAAAGGUUUUCAAGGUAUACCGCGGUUUGGAAAAGUCAAGGUUUUAAAACAAUUUUUUAAACAAUAAAUUAAAUACAUUUUUAAUAAUUUUUAAUAAUGUUUUUUAUUUACCUUUUUUAGGACAACAGCAGAAAAGAUAUCCAAAGAUGCCAUUUUUAAUUGUAAAAAAAAUCAUUUUUUUAAAUAAAUCAAGACAGCAGAUGUAAACAAUCAUUUAUUUUAAGGAUUUAUCCUGAAAUGUUUACUAUUUCAAAAUAUUUCAAAUGUUUCUUAAACUAAAAUAUAUUGUGUUGAAAAGUGAAAAAUGUGUUUUUUACCCAGGCAUUUAAAAAGAAUAUUUUUAGAGCAGUAAUCACAAUAAGCUUUAGUCCAAGGUUAUCAUAUUGUCAGAAUCUUAUACCAGCCCAUGCCUACCUGUAACCACUGACAUCCACAGUAGGAAAAACAAAUACUAUGGAAGUCAAUGGUUACUAGUUUCCAGCAUUCUUUAAAAUAUCUUCCUUUGUGUUCAACUGAAGGAAGAAACUCAUGUUAAGUGAUCAAGUAGGCUACAUGAUGACAGGAUUUUCAUUUUUGAGUGAAUUGUUUCUUCAAUUUUUCUUGUUUUUACUGAGAAUCUCUUCAGAAGUGCUGAAACUGUACAUGAUUUUUUAUUAAAGUUAUCUUUGAUCA